GUAGUCAUUCUACUGUACGUGCAGCUGUAGAACUGCCACCAACUCCAACACAAACGUCGCAUUCCUCCUCUUCCAAUCCUUCCUUUACCUUUGCUUUCUUGGUUAUUUUCUCCUCGCCUACGGUCAUGGCCGCUCUGCAAGCCCACGUCCUUUUUCUACCCUCUACCGCUCCAAGUCUCGUCCAUUUCAAGAAACCUCACCAUCCAUCCUCCUUCUCUAAGAUAGUGUUCCUCGGAAGGAAGUUUAAUGUGGAAGUGGGUUCCAGAGUCGGCGGCUGUUGUAGAGCGAUUGCUAGUAGCAGCGGUGAAGCUGAGAUUGAGAAGUCAGUUGCAGUGGACGGUGUAGAUGUGAGGCCUCCGUUCGACAUCAAUUUGGCGGUCAUCCUUGCUGGCUUUGCGUUUGAAGCUUACACCACUCCUUCUGAAAAGUACAGAAAACGUGAGACGGAUGCUGCAAAGUGCCAGACUGUGUUCCUUUCAGAGUCAUUUGUACGGGAAAUUUAUGAUGGCCAAUUAUUUGUAAAGCUGAAGAGAGGUUUCGAUUUUCCUGCCAUGGAUCCAUGGGGAACUAGCGAUCCUUAUGUGGUCAUGCAAUUGGACUGUCAGGUAGUCAAAAGCAAUGUCAAAUGGGGGACAAAAGAACCCACAUGGAAUGAAGAGUUUGCCCUGAAUAUCAAGCUGCUGCCAGGGCACAUUCUUCAGGCUGCUGCUUGGGAUGCAAAUCUUGUGACUCCACAUAAACGCAUGGGAAAUGCUGGUAUCACUUUGGAUAAUCUUUGUGAUGGAAAUGCUCAUGAGGUGCUUCUUGAGCUGGAAGGCAUGGGUGGUGGUGGAAAGAUAGAAGUAGAGAUAAAGUACAAGAGUUUCGAGAAGAUUGAUGAAGAAAAGAAAUGGUGGAAGAUACCUAUUGUAACUGAAUUUCUAGAGAAACAUGGUUUUGAGCCUGCCCUCAAAUUGAUUGUUGGGUCAGAAACAGUUCAAGCACGGGAAUUUGUGCAGUUUGCUUUUGGACAGCUGAAAUCUAUUAAUGAUUCGUACCUGCAAAAGGAUUGGUUUUCUAAUGCCAAAAAUUCUUUUGAUAAUAUUGUCAAGGCAGACAAGAUUCCAAAGCCCGAAUUCAGUCAUGAGGACUCAAAAAUCGAGUCAAGCCAAAUACAAGGCUCUGAUAAAGGGGAGCCUGAAUUGGACAAUUACCCCUCUAAAGAUCAAGUUAGGAAAGAUUCAAUUUCUGAAAAUCAAUUUUUGAAGAAAUUGGCUGAUUCUGUUAAUCAAAAUGUUGUUCAGAAAUUUGUUGCAGACAAGCAUCCAGAGUUGGAAAGUAAUAUGGAGGAGUCUGUGAAUGGGAGAAGCCUAAAUGAUGCUACCACUAAUGGAACAGAUAAUUACAUAAUGGAGAAAUCUCAGGAGACACACCAAACUACAGAACAUUCAUGGUCUGACAAACAUUUCUGGAAAAAGUUAGCCAAUUCUGUUAAUCAUAAUUUUGUUAAGCAUUUGGACAUUCCUGUCCCUGAAAAAAUCAAAUGGGAUGGAUUCGACUUAUUGAAGAAUAUUGGUCUUCAGUCUCAAGAAAUGGCUGAGGCAAGCUACAUUGAGUCUGGGCUUGCAAUUCCAAAUAGUGAGAAGUCAGCAGGGGAAGAUGCGGAGAGCAGAUCUGAGGCCAUUAACAUAAUGCAGACAUCUUUACCAGACAUUAAGAAAGUGACACAAGAUUUAUUGCGACAAACUGAUUCCAUCUUGGGUGCAAUGAUGGUUGUAAAUGCUGCAGUUUCUAAAUUAAACAAGGAACUGAAACUAAAUGGAAAAAGUGAAGAUACUCCAACCCAAGUGAAAACUGAAGUCUUAGAGGAUGAAGAAGGUAUUAUCAUGAGUGGUCAAACUGGUGGAUUAACAUUGACUGAGAAGGAAGAAGAGGAAAUGAGAGCUUUGUUUUCAACAGCAGAGAGUGCUAUGGAGGCCUGGGCAAUGCUAGCAAACGCAAUAGGCCAUCCUACAUUUAUUAAAUCUGAGUUUGAAAAAAUUUGCUUCUUGGAUAAUUCUGAAACAGACACUCAGGUAGCAAUUUGGCGUGAUCUUGAGAGAACAAGACUUGUUAUUGCUUUUAGGGGAACAGAACAAUCUAGGUGGAAGGAUCUACGGACAGAUUUGAUGCUAGUUCCCGCAGGGCUAAACCCUGAAAGGAUAGGUGGUGAUUCUAAGGAAGAAGUUCAGGUCCAUUCUGGUUUUCUGAGCGCAUAUGAUUCUGUGAGGACAAGGCUUAUAACUCUCAUCAAACAGGCUAUUAAUCACAGGAUUACCUUGGAUGUUAGAUUCCAUGGCUACAACUCAUGUUCCAGAGGAGAAUCAUUGGAUCUCCCCAGAUGGCAUAUUUAUGUGACGGGACAUAGUUUAGGGGGUGCAUUAGCGACCCUUCUGGCCCUUGAAUUGUCAUCAAGUCAAUUAGCAAAACGAGGAGCUAUUAAGGUGACCAUGUAUAACUUCGGAUCACCAAGAGUGGGAAAUAGAAGAUUUGCAAAAAUCUACAAUGAGAAAGUGAAGGACAGUUGGAGAGUUGUAAACCAUAGGGACAUUAUACCAACUGUACCACGGUUGAUGGGGUACUGUCAUGUAGCUCAACCAGUUUAUUUGGCCACUGGAGAUCUCAAAUAUGAAAUGGAAAAUAUGGAUGUUCUUGAGGAUGGAUAUCAAGGUGAUGUCAUUGGAGAAGCAACUCCUGAUGUUCUUGUCACCGAAUUCAUGAGAGGUGAGAAAGAACUUGUCGAGAAGAUAUUGAACACGGAAAUAAACAUUUUCCGGGCGAUCCGAGAUGGAAGUGCUCUAAUGCAGCAUAUGGAAGAUUUCUAUUACAUUACGCUGCUGGAGAAUGUGAGGUCCAACUAUCAAAUGCUUGGAGGAUCAAAACCUGCAGAUGAAACAUUUUCUGUGUAGACUUGCUAAAGAAACCAAAGUUGAUCUGCAUUCAUCUGGGGAGGUUGUUGUAUAAAAAGUAUAGCCGGCGCCGGCGCAUGCUCACUGAUUAAUUUUACAGUGUCCGAUCAAGCUAGCCACCCUUCAAAAGAUAAAAUUAAAGAGAGGUAUUUUGGUAUGGCAACUGGGCGGCAAUAAUGAGAACAAUUUCAAGCCAUGCUUUUCUCUAUGCACUAAAUAUACGUUCCCUAUGGAACUAAGGAUCGAACACUUUAAAUCAAUAUUGUACUAUGAAAUGUUGUGAUACGAAUAUGAAAAUGCUAGUCAUGUUAUAUUGAAUUGUCAUAAAAUGAGUAUAGAACUUCUGAUCCGUUUGCUAAUAAGAUAUAUAUAUAUAUAUUAAAAUAUUAUUUAAUUAAAAUAUUGUAUUCAAGGAUGUUGAGAGGCGGAUAUGAGAAUGCUACGUACUCUAUUUAGAGUUGCUGCCGGAUGAGUGAAAAUAUGCUUGUUUAUUGUAGAUUAAA